ACGCGUCGUGCUGAGUGACAUCUGGCUGUCUCAGUGGUGCGGUCUCGCUGCCGACGAGUACCGACUGGGCAUCGUCGAAGCGGAUCCUUUGCUGCCGCUGGCGCAGGAGCUUGAUGUGGACCUCACGCCGGUGUCGAUGCUCUGCGACACGGUCGUGUCGCUGUCGUCCUCGCUGGACGCCAUCUCGCGCGCGCGCCUCAUCUGCAUCGUCCGCCGCGCCGACAUUCUUGAGCAGGCGCACGAGUACCGCCACAAGUGGCGCUUCACGCCCAUGUCGCAGGAAGAGCUGCUGCGCGACAUGGUCACGCCCCGGAAGCUGCAGCGCAAAGGCCAGGCGAUAGAGCUGGAGCUGGAGGAACUCGAGGCGCUCAGCGCCGGUCGCGAAGAUGCGCCGGCGCAGCGCUGGACGGUCUUCAUGAAGGACAAUCUGCUGUACGAGCUCCACGGCGUGCGCUUCUCGCUGUACGUCACGCAAAGCAUGACGCUGCGCAACCUUGUCCGCGCCGACUUCUGCCGUGAGCCAUCGUGGGAGUUCUACUCGAUGGGCGAGAUUGUGGAGCAGACGCGCGGCAAGCACGCCCUGCACAUGCCGUGCGGGCCCGGCUUCGACCACGUCGACGAGCUGGUGCUGGGCAAGCUGAGCUCGACCGGCCUGCCUGCGCUGUUUCCCUGCAUCGCCACGAUCCCCUCCGACCUGGUCACCUAUAUCAACUACUGCGGCACGUACCUCGUCGAGACGCAGUUCAUGUGCAACGACACCUGGAACGGCCGCCUCGAGACGGGCCCGCGGAUCGAGUCGAUCCUGCUGGGCCUGCUUCGCGGCUUUGAGAACUUCCUUAUCGAGGUCUCGAUCGAGACGCACGCCUCGGCCGGCCAGCCGUCUGCGUCGGUGACGUUCCGCCCAGUGCGGCCGCCCUGCGAGUUCCUCGGCUGCAGCCUGCGUGCAGGUCUGGAGAAGUGGGCGAGGGAGCGUCGCGAGACGGCGCCGCGCUAUCGCCGCACGCCGGUCGAGCUCACGAUCGCGCAUCUGGAGCGCAGCUUUCUGGCCAUGGACAUGGCGAGCUCGCCGGGCGAGGGCGACCUCGACAACACGCCGCCCCGGGCCCAGACGCCACCGAGCGCGCUGACUGGCCUGGCGUUUGGCUCCGACGGCGAGCCCGGCGCAGAGACGAGCUCGUCCACCCGCUCAUCGUUCAACGCCGGCGUCCCGUCCGACCAGUCGCACGCGCACUCUGCACCUGCGGCGGCGCAGGCGCCGCCAGCAUCUUCGCAAGGUGCGCCAGACAUCAGCGCGUCGGCGUUCGGGCCGCUGUCGAGCGACGGCUCCCAGUGGUCAUCCAACGCGCAGUACUUCCAGGACGCCGCGUCGCAGGCGUUCGGUCAGCAAAAUGCCGGCAUGGUCGCCGCGCCGGCGCAGUCCUUUGCCCAGUCGCAGACAUUCGCCAUGCCGCAGCAGAUGUUCGAUCCGCACGACCGCCGCGGCCUUCAGGCCACCGACGGCUCUGCGCAGCAGCGCUUCGCGACGCGGAACGACGGCGGCGGAAGCCACGAGCUCGGCUCGCAAGCGCAGGCGCAGCUUCCCAACUACGUCUUGGAUCGCGGCCAGAACAUGGCGCAGCAAGCGGCGCAGGGCUACUAUCAGACAGACGCCGCCACCGACACGACCGGCUCGCGCAUGCAGCGGCCGUCGUCAACCUCGCAGCAGGAUCCGCUGCAGGCGUACUCCAAUGCGGCAUCCGCUGAGAUGCACGCCAGCGCCGCGCGUGCCAAGGAGGGACAUGGCUACCCGAGCGUGUUGGCGGGCAGCAUGGCCAUGCCAGAUCAGGGCGCCGGCUGGGCGCAGUCGGGCGGCAUGCGCCAGCAGCCGCAGCAGCAGCAGCAGCAACAGCAGCAACAGUCGAGCGACAGCAGCGGUGCGGGCUACAGCAGCUUCCUCGACGAAAGCUGGAUGCCUUCGCAGCAGCAGUACCAGCAGUACCAACAGCAGCAGCAGCAGUCCCGCUACCGCCAGCAGCAGCAGCCGCAGCAGCGCAGCGACGACGCUGGACGCCAGGGCAGGCCGCAGCAAUGAAGAGCCGGGCCGCUGCCGACGUCUGCCGCUUGCCGUUGCUCCUCAUUCUCUCUUUUCUCCUCCUUCUCUUCUUGCCGCUUGCCGUGGAGUGACUCCAUACCCGCGCCUGCGGUCCGUUCUCUCACCGCGUCUUGCGCGCAUCG